CCUCUGAUACCGGAAAUUCACUACGGAUUGCUUUUUACUUUGGAUGCCUUUUUCUCUAUAUUCUGAACUUUUUUUUUAUAUAUUCUAAUGCUAUUUUCAAGCUUCCUAUCAAGUUUAUGAUUGUUAUCCUUUCGUUUUGAAAUGAUUAUUUGAGAUCUAAAGUCUUGAGAAACGCGUUAGGUUCGCGUUUAACCAUUUUAAACUUUGUCGCAUGCGAAUGGCGGUCCUGGUCUCAAAAGUCAUGAACCCUCUUCAAGAGGAGGGACAGGAAAAGACUGUACACCCUUUCUUUCAGAAGCCAUUGAGUAUGUUUUGUUCUAAGAACUCAUUGGAAGCUUUAAAUUAUAGCACUAAAAAAAUCAAAACUGAUCAAAUCUCAGAACCGACACAGGCACAGUCGAUUCAAAUUCAAGACGAACCAGAGACUGAAAAGGCACCCAAAAGAGGGCAAAGGAAAAGUGUGCGAAGUGUGAAGUCAUCGGUUGCGGGAAACGACACAACGCAGCACAAUGGAACUUCACACUCAUCCGAAAUUACAAAUGGAGAACAAGCAGAUUUAUUAGAGGUUGAUCCGAAUAAUGGUAGGAGAAAACGUCGAAAGACUACCUCCCCGGAAGCUGAAGCUACAACGGAGGUGGAGAUAGAAGGACCGUUCACAACAACUACGACCACUACGCCAACAAAAGCAUCGAAACAUCUGCGAACCUUGAAGCACAAACAGGCUACCAUCACCAAUUCAAAAAAAGCAGAAGUACCCACGAACGAAGCAUUUUCCUCCCAUGGCCUAUCAUUCAACAUUAAAGUCUCAUCACCACCUGAAAAUGAUUUGGUUGAGGAGCCUGCGUCUGAAGUCAAAGCCUUCGAAGAAGCCAAGUCGAGCUUAGAAUCAUCUGCGAACGAUCCCACAAAACGGACAAUUGAUGACACUCAUAGGCCUAGAAAAGUCCUACAAUUCAACCCGAAGACUGGUACCAUAGGGUCACCGCCCAAAAUAAAUUUUCUUCCAAAAAAGAAAGGGAGGGCCAAGAAAUCCACUGUUGACGAAGGGGCAAAUUCAAAGAUCAUUGUCAUUGGCUAUGGCGGUGGACAAACUCCAGCUUCCGUAGUUGGCGCUAAAAUAGAGGAUAUUUUAAAAGGCAUUAAAAUCUCCACAUCGAACACUGAAACAACUUUGGCGGACGUGAAAAAUAUAAAAGAAGUCACAUCUAGGAAAGGAAAUGGAGUAGAUGUUGUUCCAUGGUGGAAAACUGCAAAAAAGAAAGCACCUGUGCAAGAAGAAGUAGAGGAACCGUCGAAGGCACAACAAGGGGAAGAAGGAAGAUCUUCCCUAGGCAGACCACCAUCACCGUCAAAGAUUCUAUCCACUUUUGGCCGACCACGUUCAAAUGAAGUAAAUCAGGCCCCACCAAUUUUUGGAGGCCUCACGGCAGCUCCGAAAACCCCAAAAUUUCCUGGUGCCAUUGAGCCAGCUUGGCCAUGGUCUGGAAUGGUACAUGUACGUGGUGACCGGGAAAGAGAUGCGGAAGAUUCAAACACUUCCUCUACCAGCACGUUGGAUGGGGAAUACCGCGGCGGCAAGAAAGGAGCGAAGUAUCAAGCAGUUGAAAUCGUUAAGAAUGAAGAUAUUAUCAAUACUUUUACAGCGGAAUUACGAAUUGAGGAAACAUUCAAUAGCAUCCAAGACCUUCAUAUUGAUGAUUUUGCUCCAAUUUCUCCUUGUCUUCGUGUGCCAUCUAAACACGUCGAAUCAGGCCCAAAUCUCCAACGAAGGGUUCGAAGAGAACUUGUCUCCAAGUUGCAGCCAGUAGUGCAUGACGAGUCGAGUGAUGACGAGAUUCAAGAGCGAGAUAUAAAACGUUCAAAUGUUCACCCUACUCUUACAAAUAUUUACAACUUAAUUGCCACUUCACUAUCAGCAUUCGACAAGGCUGAAUGUGAGAAUCAAUCCUGGACGCAGAAGUAUGCACCUAAUAGCGCGGAGGAAGUCUUACAACCUGGACCAGAGGCUUUGAUUUUGAAAGAAUGGUUGCAGAAAUUGACAGUAAUGUCAGUAGAAUCGGGUUCUGCUGAAAAUAAGAUCACAAAGAAAUCCACGUCAUCGAAAGGGGAGCUUCCUGGAAAGAGGAAGCGAAAAUCGAAAAAGCUGGAUUGUUUUGUAGUUUCAAGUGGCGAAGAAGAUAACGAUAUGGAUGAAAUCACAGAGCCAGAAGAUGGAGACUUGUUAGGAGGCUCAGGUCUGGUCAAGAAGACAGUCGUGCGAUCUGGUGAUUUGAUUGCAAAAGGCUCCAAGGAUUCCAAGCGCCUUGCCAAUGCGGUCGUUAUGAGUGGGCCACAUGGAUGUGGCAAGUCUGCCACAGUAUUUGCUGUUGCAAAAGAACUUGGGUUCGAAGUGUUUGAAAUCAAUCCUAACUCUAAAAGAAGUGGGAAAGAGGUUAUGGACAAAGUUGGAGAUAUGACGAGGAAUCAUUUAGUCCAAAGAUCCAAGGUCGACAAAGUACCCACCAAUGCAAAUGAUGAUGAAGAACGAUUGUCGAAUGCCGUAGCUGAGGACUUAAAGAGCGGUCGUCAGGGCACCAUGAAUUCAUUUUUUACAUCCAAGACGCCAAUGAAACCAAAACCUGCAGGCAAGGACGUAGAACCAAGUGCAGCCCAACCAGAUACCAGCAAGGGCGCAACAGCACCAAAGGGGUCAACAAAGCAACAAAAACAAUCCUUGAUACUGCUAGAAGAAAUUGACGUUCUAUAUGAGGAGGACAGAGGAUUUUGGCAAACGGUUAUGCUUCUAAUUGCCCAAAGCAAACGACCCAUUAUCAUGACUUGUAAUGAUGAAGCCGCGGUGCCAAUCGCUGCUCUGUCUUUGCACGCAAUCAUACGCUUUAAUGCGGUGCCUACCGAUCUCGCCGUGGAUUAUAUGCUACUCGUAGCUGCCAAUGAAGGUCAUGUCAUUCGCCGUGAGGCAGUGAAGGCUUUAUAUGAGAGUCGAGCAUCAGACCUCCGUGGUUCUUUGACGGAGCUAGAGUUCUGGUGCCAAUUUGCAGUUGGAGACCGUAAAGCUGGGAUGGAGUGGUUUUACCCCCGUUUACCUUUGGGAUGCGAUCUUGAUGAGCAUGGUGAUAAGUACCGCGUCGUUAGCGAGGAUACUUACCGAACUGGAAUGGGCUGGCUCUCUCAAGACGCUCUUGAGAGUCAACGUCCUUACAUCGAUAUUGAAGAAGAAACUUUACAUGAAUCUUGGAAUGGUUGGCGUAUUGAUGUUGGGGAUUGGCAGCGAAACCUAGAUAUCAGCACUUGGGCGAAAAAUAUCAAUGAUUUCGUCAAUGAUCGGGCCACUGAACGAGCUGCUUUGAUUAUGUACGACGACUUUACCGAAGCUAUGAGUGCUGCAGAUUAUUUCUCAAGUUUCAGUUUUGGCGCCGAUAACCAGGUAAGUCUUACCAAUUAACACCACUUCUACUUGUUGCUAAUAAAAAUAGGUUAUCAUUGAUGCUAGUCACCCAAAACUGUCUAGCAAGGCCAGAGAAGAUUAUACUCUUGCGAACCAAUUACUUGAUGUAUCACCACAAGCUAUUUAUGACGAGACAAGUAUCAAUAUAUCUUUAUGGAUGAAGUCUCGAGCUAGGGAAGUCCUCCAAAUUCGUCAACAUGUCGAACAUGGUUGGGAAAUUCAUCGAGAACUUGAUGGGGCUACAGAGAAACAGGUUCAAAACCUCAUCCGAUCUCAACCAUGUCCUGAUAGUAAUGCUAUAACUCGCCGCGAUUUGAGCUUAGCCUUUGAUCCUAUUUCAGAGGCCGAAAAGACAUACGUUUGGUCCACCGGAAAUCUUGAAGCUUCGUGCUUUGAUCGAACCAUGAAUCUCAUCAUACUUGAUGUCGCUCCUUAUGUGAGAUCCAUAGUAUCUUAUGAUGCACGUUUACAGAAGGAUCGAGUCCGUCUCAGCAAUCUACUUAGUCAAGGCGGAAGUACAAAGGCACCAAAAACCAAAAGAAUGAGAACAACUCGAGCAGCUAUGUCAGCCCUUGAAGGAGGGGCGAGGAGUACGACUAGGAAGGAAAAGUAUUUCAGUCAGGAUAUCAACCCAUAUCUAGUUCUUAGGACUGGUUCACAAAGUUGGUUAGAUGCAGUUGUAUCUCUUACAGCAGGGACGGAUCAAGGAAGUCGAAGAUCGAGUAUGCAGAUGUCGGAUGGAAAUAUGGAUACUGAAAGUGGACGAGAUGAACUUAUAGAAUAAAGCGGUAAAGAGAAGUGCUUAGGAUCGAGGAUCACCUUUGACAUAGCAUUGGCCAUCAUGGCAUCAAUAUAGGUAUACGUUUGCAUUUGCGAAAAGGGGCUCUUUGGAGACAUGGGCCGGUGGAGCAAAAAGGUAUUUGGCAUAUAAGGUAACCUUAGCAUGAGAAGUUGGGUAUAAGCAUGCAUA